AUGGGUAAUUUAUUAUCACAUCCAAUCGAAGAAAAGGUUCUAGAGACCAUAAGUCAUGAACAUCUCACGUAUUCCAUUGGUUCGAUGCAAGGGUAUAGGAUGACCAUGGAAGAUGAGUAUAAUAUAAAAGUUAAUGAAGAUGAAUCAUUAUCAAUAUUUGGAGUGUUUGAUGGUCAUGGGGGUAAAGAGAUUGCAGAAAUUGUUAGUGAUAAGUUAAUUGAUGUAUUAUUCAAAGAAUUGAAUGAAUUGGUUAAAGAUGAGACCACCACAUUAAAAGAAUAUAUGACAUGCGUAAAAGAUGUCUUUUUUGGUGUUGAUAAUGAGUUACCACACCAACCAUCAUUGAACUGUGGUACUACAGCAAUAGUCAAUAUAAUUAUUCAUAAAAAGUAUAUAAUACUGGCAAAUACUGGAGAUUCCCGAAGUAUCAUGUCGUUAGAUGGGGGGAAUUGUAAAACCUUAUCUUUUGAUCAUAAACCUUCUAAUAUGGGAGAAAGAGUCAGAAUUGAAAAUAGUGGUGGUUAUGUUAUAAAUGGUAGAGUUAAUGAAAUUUUAGCAUUAUCGAGAGCUUUUGGAGAUUUCAAAUUUAAAAUACCUUUCAUUGAAUUAAAAGCUAAUAAUAAUACAUUCUUAGAGAAAAACAAACGAUUCUUCAAAAAUGACUUAAUCCAUUUACCACCAGAAUUAUUUCAAGUCAGUUCUGAACCUGAUUUGUUGAUUUAUGAUCUACAACAAUUGAAACAACCAGAAUUCAUAAUCUUGGCAUGUGAUGGGAUUUGGGAUUGUUAUAGAAAUGAUGAUUUAAUCAGAUUAAUAAGAGAUAAAUUAGUUUUAGAUUGGUCAUUACAAAAUAUCAUUGAAUUCAUCUUAAAUGAUUGUAUAUCAAUGGCAUCGAAUAUAACGGGAAUCGGAUUUGAUAAUAUGACAAUAAUUAUAAUUGCAGUUCAUGAUAAUAGUAAUAUUGAUGAUUGGUAUGAUAUGAUGAAAACAAAGAUAUUAAAGGAGAAGAACUUAGAAUAA